AGGUGCGCAGUGCACACACGGUGCAGGGCUCGAUACCGUCUGCUAUGGCGGAGCCCACGAGCAUCCACGAUACAUACACCACGUGCUGGCGGCCGCACGGCUUCUCUGCGUCAUCGGCGACAACACAGACUGGUACUCCGACCGCAUCUGUGAUACACAGAGCAAGCUGUGACCUCUCAGCUGCUAUGUAGUGGGUUGCUGACGCAGCAGCGGUGCCUCUACUGUCAAGUAACUGGCGAGAGGGCAAGUGUACAUCAGAUCUAAGAGUUGCGACGUCUUGCGUGCUACAGUUCGUCGUCUAUUGUAAAACUCGUAAAGAUGUCGUGGUCAGACAGUUUGUGGACAACGCUCUUGAUUUUAACAGUAAUUAUUGCUCUGUUGUACGUGUACUUGUCGUUUGUGAAUAGCUACUGGAAGAGACUCAGCGUUCCGUACGUGAAAAGUGAACUCCUCUUCGGAAGUGCUCGUCGCGCCCUCUUCGCCCAGGAGUCGCUGCCCGCAUGUAUCCACAGGAUAUACCAGGAGCUCGGCGACGUGCCUUUCGGAGGAUUCUACCUUAUGAUGACGCCUUGUCUCAUGGUGAAGGAUAUAGGACUCAUCAAUAAAAUCCUUGUCUCUGAUUUUGCGCAUUUCACUGACAGGAUCAACCCUCUGAGCAUCAAGAUGGAGCCGUUGGCGAAGCAUCUGUUCUGCCUGGGCGGCGCCCUCUGGAGGGAGAUGCGGCUGUACAUGUCCUCCGCCUUCUCAGACAGCAGCUGCCGGCGCGACUUCUGUCUGGUGAAGUUGUGCUGUGACCGGCUGCAGCAGAGCGUUCACGCGGCCUUCCAGGGCCGCCACAGCCGCGACUUGGCCCUCAGGGAUCUGCUCGCCUCCUUCACCACUGACGUUAUCGGCAUGUGCGCCUUCGGCAUCGAGUGCGGAGCCAUCGACGAUCCUACCUCGCAGUUCCGACGUAUUGGAAGUAUGAUUGUUCCGAAUACGAAGAAAAAGGCUUCCAGUGCACUGUUAUACUUGACGUUACCGAGAAUCGGAUCCUUCUUUGGCGUUAAAUUAUUCAGCACCACAGUGAGAGAGUUUUUCGACCGGAUAGUCAUGGAAACUAUAGAUUACAGGAAGAAGAACAACAUCCAUCGGGAAGAUUUGGUACAACUAAUGCUGGAACUGAAAGACGGCGGUAUCAUAUCUGGAAAAAACGGCGAGGCGAUAGAGGUGACAGACAACCUGGUGGUGGCGCAGAUGAUGAUGGCGUUCACGAUGGGCUUCGAGAUGACUUCGUCGGCCAUGAGCUUCUGUUUGCACGAGCUGUCCCUCAACCCAGCAAUGCAGACGCUUGCCCGCAAGGAGGUGGACGCGGUGCUCGCCCGCCACGGGGGAGAGGUGACCUACGAGGCGAUUCAGGAGAUGACCUACUUGGACAUGCUGAUUGCAGAGACGUUGCGUCUGUACCCGAUGCAGAUGUACAUGAUGCGGCAGUGUACCAAGACGUACCAGGUGCCGGGCAGCGACCUGGUGCUACAGAAGGGCACCAUGGUGUACCUGCCAGUGCUGUCUCUCCAGAGGGACCCCCGCUUCUACCCGGACCCGCUGCGCUUCGACCCGCAGCGCUUCGCCAACUGCAAGGGCGACGUCGUCGACGCCCCCUACUGGCCGUUUGGUGAGGGGCCGCGGGCCUGUCUGGGGCAAAAGUUCGCACUGAUGGUUGUGAAAGCAGGGCUGGUGUCGCUGCUGUCUCGCUUCGAGUUCCGUCCGUGCCUCCGGUCUUCUGGGAGGCCAGCGGACUUCGAGCCUCACAGUCUCCUGGCGAGGCCCGCAGGGGGACUGUGGGUCCGCGUCAGCCUUCGGCCGUGGCUUCCUCUUCAGUGAAGGCGGAACAUGACCCAGAGCGUUACAGGGGACUUCGAACCUCUCUUGCGGAUUCACGAGUUACGAGAGUGGUCUAAUAAGUCCCCUUGUUAGGAGUACAGACACCAUUUUUUCUAAGAAUGUCUUUGAGCUUAGCUCCUGUUACACAUGUAUACGUUUCCCAAGGUCUCACCUUUUUAGAACUCGUGUGAAAAAAUCCCCCUGAGUCGUUUUUUGAUGUAUGACGACAAGACAAAAUCGCCGGGAUCCAGGUCGUGAGAAUUCGAGGAGGAGGCGCAGGGAAGAGGGUUGAAGGGCGGGGUCGACGGGGCACUGUUGGCAAUUCGUGACGCAAUGCUUUUACAUGAAUGUGCUGGCGCUUUGUCGUAGCGGUACAGCACUUUCUUCAUCACCAAACAAGGCCACAUAUCCUUCAAUACAGAACUACUCGAAUUUCUCACUAGUAUUUUAUAGUGAUCAUUUUUCCCUUUUCGAAUAAACAUGUGAGCAUGACGCCCUUCGUAUCCCCAAAAAAAUCGUUUGUCACUUUUUCGGCCGACUGGGCCUUCUUCUCUUUCUUCGGAACAUAUUGAUCGGAAGGAACGCAUUGUUUUGAUGGUUGCUAUAUUUACGAGGUAUAAUGAUAAAUCCUGGCCUUACAGAGACGGCGACAGCUCGACGCAAAAACUGCUCGAAACACCGCUUCGAAACUGCAAGCGACAGCCGUUUGUUGUCCACUGUCAGCAGUCGCGGUACCGAUCGCCAGCUUGUCACGUGACAUUGCCGCUCCCUUCGAUUCACCUAUGGCCACUGCUACCGUAAACAGCAUCCAUUUUCGCUUUAAUCUCGCACGUCUUUUGCCAUGCAAAAAUAAAAAGCUGAGGAUUAAACGAUAUUACAAUUGUUCCAUCUUGGUGGGAACCACGUAGCACAACGUGUGCCAAAUCCGUACUAUCCCAUGAAUCAAUGUAAUUUGCUUUAGCACCAUACAUCAGAUGGCGGUACACGAUCUUAAAACACGGGUACUUGUAGAACCGCUCUCAUAGGCCCACGGUACGUUGCAUGGUAUAUUAGCUACUGCUAAAGAAACUUGAGAAGCAGAAAAAUAAACAGAUUUUGUGAUGACAGAACCAUACACGAUUAAGAUGUUCGAAAUUUAGAUUUCUAUAGUCAGCCGAAGUAGACGGUAAGCAGACAGCAUAAAAUACAGCAGAUAAAAGUUCCAUGCUAACACUCAUUCACUUCUAGGAAAGAUGUACAAAUUACUAUAUACCAAACAUGUUAUGAAAUCGAACUUUGAGAUUUCUUUACUUGUCUGUUGUCUUUUAAAAUAAAAAAGCAAAGAAACAUUUGCUUAACUUGACAAAUACCCAUUUUUCC